AUGCCCAUCCGAAGACCAGGUUCCCCAGAACCCCCGGCGCCGGCGGACGAGGCAGUCAUGACGGGGUCGCAGGAGGACCCGCAGAAGAAGGAAGAGGAGAAGGUAUUCAGAGUGCAGGGAAAGGAGGAGAACGAAAAGGAGAAAAAGGAAAAGAAAAAGGAAGAGGAAAAGAAAAACGAGAAGGCGACGGGGGUUCCAAACCCCUAG